AUGCACCAAGGGGAAAAUAAUGGCAUGAGUCAUCGUUGUACACUUCAAUACAAAGAGGAAGCGAAAAAACUCCGGCAAACUGGCUAUGGGGUUCAUAGCGACGGCGAGGAGGAUUCCAAGUCCCAGGCCUUCCAGCUUGACUGGUACAUCCCACCUGGAGGUCCUUUCAGUGAUACACCCUCUGACGCCAAAAAUAUCUGGGAUGAAAUCAUUCUGAAAUUUCCGUUUUUUGCUCGGCUCCAUUCAUUCCUGUCAACUCGCCCAAAUGUCAUCCCCCCAGUUGUCACCACUGGAAUCACUCCACAUGGAGUUGAAACUAUCUAUCUCCAGCCGCCAGCUUCACAGGUAGCUGGGACAGUUCAGGUUCCUGAUGACGAUGUCAUUGACCCUGCUCUCCGUGGACUAGGGUUUGAUACUGGUGGUAUGAAUAGCCCAGCAAUAUUGAUUCAACACACUCCACCCCAGAGCCAGGCAGCCAGUACUCCAACGCCAGGCAGCCGUUCUCAGUCUAUGAUCUCAAACAGGACUGCUGAGGUCCUGGCUUCGAUUCCGCGCCCUCCUGUAAAGCGGACGCUUGAGGACGUUCUAAUGGAUGUUACAGAGAAAAACAACAAUCUUGCUGUUCAGCAGGCAAGAGCGGAGAUUUCAGACAAGCGUCGCCGGCUUGCUCUUGAGGAGAAACGACAAGUCCUUGACAUGGUACAGGCACGUAUAUUCACACCAUCAGAGGCAAAGAAGAAGAUCAACAAGAUAGAUCAUUAUCUAAAGAAGUUUGCUUCUCCUUCUCCUCCCUCAUCUCCAUUAAAGUCAUCAGAUAAUCCUCGCCGUUCUCUGUCAUGGGAUAUCAAAGAUGAUGAUACUGAAUUUGCGUAG